AAACCGAUAUACGCUGAUUAACGCAUGAAAACAGGGAUAAAAUUAAAGAUAAUUGAUUUCAUAUCACUUCAUGAUUUGUUUUUGCGUUUUAUGCAAUUGUAUGGCUGUGUUACUUUCAUAGGCGAUAUAGGGAAAAAGAUGUGAUAGAUGCGAUAGACUUUACGACAUGUAACUUCGUGAAACGGGCAGUGCGUAUAAUCCAUAUAAUAUAUACAGAGACACGCACGCACACAGACAAAUUCCUAAUUUUUCCCCCUACUUGUUUUUGUCUACUAGGUAUUGAUAAAUGUUUGAAAAUUAUAAGAUGAAAUGAACAUUCUACGCCCAAUGUAUAACCAUUUCACGAUUCUAAGCAUUUCAUACAAAUUAAAUGCCAAGAAACUUAUCAUUCAUACAAAUUAUACAAAAUAGCAUCCAUGCAUUUAAUCAGUGACGCCAUUUUGCGCAAUUCAUGUGCAGAUGAAUUUGUUAUAUCUAUCCCUCUCUCACUCGCUAGAAGAACACAUGUGUAAAAAAGAGUUAGCUAUGAAAUUCUCUAGCUUUCUCUCACUACCUAGGCAUCUUUCUAUAUAUUUUAUUUUAUUUGAAUGAUUUGUAAACAUGGAGGCCAAGUGUUGUGCUCUCAAGUGAACCAACUGCGUUUAUCUUUGCGUUACAGGAGUUUAAUAUAUGGUUAGUAUGUAAUUACGUCUUUUACAUUCAGUAUACCUUGUUUUCUUAUGAUUGAAUUAGCUUUCUGCGAUAUUAUUCCGGUUAUGUAUGUAAACGUAUGCACUUAUUUGGCGCCAAUGUCCUAAAAGACCGUUACUCCUAAUUAUUAUCGCAACGUAAAAAGAAAGCGAUCAUUAAGUAUAUAUUCGGUCAGUUUGAAGUGAUAGUGUUGAAUCCUCGGUUUAGGAAUGGUAUAAUGUUACGUCGUGAUGUGAUAGGAAACUGGUCCUUCGAGUGUCGGAUCUGUCAUCUCGACUAAUUUUAUACCAACAAAAUCAUGCUCGAAUAUAUCGAUAUUUCUUCUAAAUGAACGUUUUUUCUUUAUAUUUUGGUGAUAUCCUUACAUUAUUUUGCAGAGAUAAUGUCGUUCUUGUAUAUCUAGUGAUAUAAUGCGGGAAUUUAUGCAGUUGGACUUGGAAACAUCUUGACCAACCUUGAAAAAUGGGUACUGAAGUACCAAAGACCCAUGAUUCAAGUGGCGAGUCGGAUUCAAAUACAGAUUCAGAGAGUAGCAGUUCCAGUGAAUCAUCAGGAAGUGAAUUUGAAUUUUCAGGUGCUAAGCAGACUUCUGCAUCUAAGCCCCACUUCUCCGUUACAUCUUGUGACACCGGCCUGAGGCUCAAAAUUGCUGCUAUUCCUGCACGGAAGGUUUCACCUAGAAGAAGUGCCAAGCCUUCUGUCAAGACGAAACCUUCCGAGGCUACAGACUCUCAAAAAUCGAAAGUGAAGAAGAAAACAUCAAAACUGUCCGACAGCAGCUCAAGUUCGGAGUCUUGCAGCAAAUGUUCAUCAGAUUCCUCAAGUGAUGAUGAUUUGCCUCUAAAAGUUGUGUCAAAAACAUUGCCUAAAUGCGGGCAGAAGGCGAGGACUGUCAAGAGUGAUAGUGAUGAUGACAUGAAACUAAGUGAGGCAAUUAAGGACAUCAAGGCUUCUAAGGAGAAGCCGAGUGUGGCAAAGACUAGUAAUGCAGUGAAAAAGACUAAAAGUGAUGAACCGGUGGAGGAUGCGGUAGUGAAGAAGGGAAGGGGCCGGCCGCGCACUAAGUUCACGUCACAAGCGCCGGAGAGCGCGGUCAGCAGCAGCACUUCGUCUUCAUCGUCCUCGUCGUCGUCCUCCUCCUCGUCGUCCUCCGACUCGGACUCGGCCGAGGCCGCGGGCUCGGCACACGCCUCCCCGGACGACUCAAGCGCUGCCCUCGUCGCUGCUUGCCAGCUACAGGUUAUCGACGAUGCGGACCUCGCGGAACUAUUUCCGGAACAAACAUCGAGCGCGGCGACGCAGCAGCCUAACUUCCCUGCGUUCGUCGGCACUGCAGCAGCUGACAAUGAUGACAAAUCCAUCGCCGACAAUGGAGACGGGUCGAGUAGCGAAAUGGAGCUUACGCCGCAGUUAGUGACGGCUGCGAUACAGAGGGCGACGGCGGACUCGUCGGGCUCGGAAAAUGAGUGCUCCAACCCGGGCGUCCCGCACCCGAGCACCACUCACUACGCGUCUAGUCUGUUGCAACAGUUUAAUGCGCAAACACAGCUACUCAGCAGUAGCACCGCGCCGCUCACGCCCAUCCCCACCGUCGCGGCGCCGCUCGCCUGCGCGCUGCCCGCGAACCCCAUCGAGGGCGUCGGCACCGUCAGCGACUGCGUUCUAGGCCAAAUAAACACCUUGCCCGAUAUACCGCCUAUAGCGACUAACUUCUUAAAUCCCACACAACAUUUGAGCCCCCAACAAACGGAGGAGCUCUCGCAAAUUAAUCAAGAUCUCGAAGAGAUCACUUCAGUGUCAGAGUCGGUGGGGAUAUCGAUACCUAAUCCACCAAGUCUCGAAGACUGCGUGGAUAAUAAUGACUUUAUGAAUAUAGAUAUUACACAGGGUAGCUCGGAGCUCGGAACCGCAAGUGAUAUGUUGAAAUGCUCUUCUUUAUCUGUAGUUAGUUCUGAUCUAAAUCCAAUGAGUCAUAUUGAUCCUCAAAAAUUAGAUACAAUCAGCACAAAUUCUGUUGAAUCUCAAGAAGAUGUUAAAAAUGUUAUUGUAGAAUCUAGAAGAAAACGAGGGCGACCUCGAAAAGUCAGAGAACCUGCAAACGAUUUCAGGAGUAAAGCAGUAGAAUCUCACGGAGAAGCAAAGUCUGUACUAAUCGGUAUGAAUGACUUUCAUAAUAAUGAUCCGCCUAACGUCUCGCCCGACUCUGGUAUCCUUUCCAAUCACAAUUCUCCUACACAUUCCCCGAUGCGGCGUCACGACAUAGACGAGCCGCACGGCAGGCAGAGCAGGAAGUCCGUGCAGAAAGAAAACAAUACGAGGGAAAGGAGAAACAUGAGAUCGAAAUCUGCGAGUAGAAAUACUGCACACUUGCGUUCUGAUUCCAGUGAUAGUGAGUAUCAGAAGAAGAGAAUAGAAAAUGAAAUCAAACAAAUCAAAACAGAAGCGCCAUCACCAGUCCCAUUAAAGCAAGAACAAAAUAAGUUCGAGAAGGCCAAGAAAAAUGACCACAAAUUAGAUAUAGCCGCUCUCGAUAGAAUGCUCUACGCGACUGAUCGAGUGCUGUAUCCACCAAGAAAGAAGGUUGGGAGGAAACCCGUAAACAAAACUAAAACUACAAAAAGUCCUAAGGGGACGAAGGAUAAAAAUCACUAUGACUCUGCAGAUAGUGAUGAGGAGUCGGCACCGGCCAACAGGUCCGUCUUAUCAGGGGUUUAUGCGAAACGUAAAGAAGUUAACAGCAAGUUGGCGAACCUUCCCAAGAAGAAUACUAAGUCAUUCACCAACACGUGGAGAGAUAAUCAGAGUGAGAACGAAGCUGCCGCCGACGACCCUUUGGACCCGACGUGGAAAGAAAUUGAUCUAAACCCCAAGUACAAAGAUAUUUUGUCCGGUUACAAAAGCGAUCAUGAGUUCAAACCGUACAAGAGCUGCAGCAGGCUUAUGGAAUCUGGUUAUAAAAGUGACUACGGUUGUAGGUCGGGUUACAAGAGCGAUUACUAUCGCUCCGGUUACAAAAGUGACCACAAAUCUGGGUACAAGAGUGACAAGUCCGGGUAUAAAACGGAUUACAGUGUCAGGAGCAUGAGACGGCGUAUGAGGAAACUCAAAAAAACGAGAUCAGUGCGGGACAGAUCUUAUUAUAAAAAUCAAAAGCAUUUCGUCUCCGAUCAAGAGAUUCUAUCAUUAGCUAACAAAACAUUUAGUAGUCUCACUCUUGGCCACAGUUCAAGUGAUUCAGAUUGUGAAAGUUACUUGAGAAAACCUAACGCUAGUCCUAAAUAUGUCAGUGUUUGUACUAAAUACCCAGUGCAAUCCAAGUAUAGCUUUGGAUUCUCAAAAAUGAACCGUAAACAUGUACUUCGAUUGAAUUCCUCGGACCCGUUUGCACCGGGCCCGGUGUUCAGUGGCCUGCAGAGGCCAGUCACUACAUAUAAUAUAUUCAAAGUAAGCCACAAUAACAACAAUACCCUUCUCAAAUCUCCAUCAAAAUCAAACCAUUCCGGCCGCAAUUUGCCUGGACUCAAACCGACAUUUACGCAUAAAUUUGGAGCGCUGCCAAUCUGUACCGUUUCGAAAUCACACGGAUCUAAAAACAAUUCUAAAACGUCUCCGAAAAAGUUGAAAAAUUCAAAUGCACAGUUCUCACAAAGCACGAAAAAAGAAAGCCAUGCCAAACAAAUUCCUAAUGUUUUCGAAGGCGCCAAAAAUAGCUACAUUCCGAAUAAAUUACUCACCAGAAAUGUUUUUCUAAAUGUCAAGAAAACACAGAUGAAGCCAUUGUUGCAUGUUCGGAAGCACAGAAGGACUGUAGUCCUAGCGCCACCGAAAAUCAAUUUAAAACCUUCCGAAAGGCCUUCAAGAAUUACCAUCAAAACCGAGAACAAACAUCAUAGGCAUCGAAGUAGAAGAAGACAUCGAUCGAGAUCGGUGUCACGAUGUCGAGAGUCAUAUACGAAAUCUAUAGACACGAUAGAUCAAAAAUUCACUCAGGACAUGGACAGCUUAAUAGGAAACUUUAUCAAGUUGUGUCAAAUUGCACCAAAAUUAAUAACAGGCAUUGGCACGCCUCCAGUAAAAAGUGUUGACAAGCCUCCGCCUGAACCAGCAGCCGCCCCAAAAGUGGUCAAAAGGGGCUCCAAGAAAAGAAAGACAUCUGACAACCAGGAAAUUGUCACUCUCACUACAAAACGAAGACACAAGAAACAAUUAACAGAAUCUCAGAGCAAGGGUGGCAAGGACACCAAUGAGCACAAAUUACCUCUUAAAAAGAGACAUUACCACAUAAAUUCAUCCACAAGCAACUCCUUAAGUUUGAGUUUAGUUACAGCUGAGUUUGACGAAAACUUAAAAAGUGGAACUAAUCCUGAACAAUUUCUGUGUACAGAGACAGAUUGCAUGGGCGAAUUGCGCAGUAAUAGUCAACAAGAAUCUCCAAAGCCAAAAGUUUCACACGAGAAGGUAAAAAAGGGUUCUGAUAAUGUGAAAGGUGUUCCAACUUCAGCAAUGAGUCAAGACACUAAAUUACAAAACUCUGAAACUUUAGUAAAGGUGUCAAAAACUACUUUCAGCUCUGUCACUGAUAACCUAGUCGUGAAAGUCGACGAAAGCAGCCCGUGCCUAAGUAAAAAUCAUUCGCCAAAUUCCUUAAACGCCACUGACGAUGAACUAUCUAUAAAGAAACCAGGCGCAGAACAAUCUGAAUUAUCGAAAAGAAUUUUUGAAACAUCUGAGAAGCUCAAAGCGGUUCACAAAAUAGUUCACGAUUUAGAAAAAUCAUUGCCUAAAACCAAGGAAUCUGAUAUCAAAACAGAAACAUUGAAAAUGGACACACACCGAGUUUCUUCUCCUAGGUCGGAAAGAAAAGUUUCUCCAAUUCGCCACACGGCACAUAUCGUAACACCAAAGAAGCGACACAGACUAGAGGCCGACAAGAUUAUAUCUAACUCUAGUUUGGACCAAGUUGUACAAUCUUUAUCUAAAAAGUUAGCAGAAGACAAAACUGCCAGCGCAAAUAUUUGUAAAGACGUCAAUCAAAACAACUCCAAGGAAGAGAUAAAAGAAGACCAGAAAUCUGAAUCCGUGUCCCCUCCUAAUGAAACAUCCGCGAACAGUUCUAUCGAUCCAUUAAAGAGCAUGUCAGCUCGAUCAUUGUAUAAGAGUUCAAUACUGCCUGCCCAGAAAUCAGAAAUAAUGACCCGUAAGAAAAACAGGUUAGAAGGCCUGACAAGUAAUUUAGUUUCAAAGAUAAAUCCAAGUGCAGCGACAAAGGUGCUGGACACACUUUUGAACAACAAUAUACGGAAAUCAAUAGAGUCACGUAUCCUUGAAAAAGAAAAGGUAAAUUCAGAUCCAGUUAAGUCAUUAGACGACAAAGGCAGAGUGAAAGAAGUGGCGCAAGUAAGCACUAGAGCGACUGUUAUUAAAUCCCCUGUGUCUAAAGGAAAGGUAAUAGACACAAAAAAGGCAAAAGUAUCGGAUUUGGCUAACGAACAGUCCUCAGUUGUCAACAUCGACAAACCAACGGGUAUUUUCGAGCCGUCAGUCGAUUUGGAAGAUCAAAUACCGAAGUCGUCUAUCUGCGUCGCAAAUGCAUUAGGUGAUUCGAAGUCUAAAUUGAAAUCUAAAAGUUCAGACAACAAAGGUAUAGCGUCUCUCCUUACGCCGAUAGAUACUGAGUCGGAAAUCCCAUUACCUUUAAUUUCCGAGACGCCGGAACCGAUUAUAAGGCCGAAGCGAGGGGAGUCCAUAGCAUCCGUACUAUCAGAUAAAAUCCAGGAAACCAGUAGCCACAACUUACGUCAACCCAAAAGAAAUCUAAACAAUGAGAAUGAUGAUGGGCGUGACAAGAAGAAAAAGAAAACCAUUAAUAACAUUAUAAAGGAAAGCAAACUCUCCGUGUUAUCAACUAAACUGCUAGUCCCUAAGAUUCAAGCAGAGAAGCUGUCUAUGGCCGAGUGUAUGAAGAAAAUGAACUUACCAGAAAAGAAACCUGAGGUCACUGAUUCCGGUGACAGCAAAACAGGGGACACUACGAAGAAAAAGACAAGGAGGCGGAAAGCUAUUAACAGAACUGGUUUUCCAAGCGUGAAGAGGAAAAAGAAGAAAUUGGAUCCUAAUAGUAGUCAGAAUGCGACUACGUCUGACAGCCAUUUGACAUCCGAGGACACAGAUAAUAACUCCGCGUUUGACAGAGUGCCUAAAGACGGAGAAGCGAUGAAUAGCUUCUUGGAACGAACUAGUAACAAGCCGGAACUCAAGGUUGUACUAAAUAAAGAUGAAUGUCCGAGGCAGCAGGCUCGCCUCACAGUCGUGGCUCUUGAAAAAUUGCAAGGAAAAGUCGUCAAUGAAAACAAUAAUAAAACUGCUGGCAGUACAUUGACCCCCAACACAGCUAAAAAGAGCAGUGGUUCAUCAAUCUUGAGAGCUCCGGCUCUACAACUGAAACAGACUAAGACUGACAAGGAGAUUAAAAAUCACGUAAACAAAUGGGAAGUGAUGAGUGAGACAGACAGUAUUCCGUCGCUGACUAGUUCUCUCGGCAACGACCCUGAAGACAGCAUACCACUCAGUUUGCUAAACCUGAAAGCCGACAGACCGGCAAGUCAGAUGGAAGGCUUGAAGCGCAAGACCCGAGCAAUGUCUCCCUCUCAAGAAAUCGACGAAAUUCUUACCAAGAGGAAAAACGUCGAGAAAAACAGUAAAGUAGGUUUGCGGCCUAAAUCGAGUUUGGCCGUUUUGUACCCGUGCGAAAGGAGAUUAACUAGAAGUUCGGACAACACCAAUGAAGAAGGAAAGGGCAAAGCCAAGACCGAUCAAAAGGUGGAAACCCCAAAGGAAACACCGGCUAAAUCGGUUAAGCCCUCUAUUACAACUAGGAGAAAGUCUCGCUCGUGUCAAAUGAACAAGAAAAUCGGCGAAGUCCACUCAAGUUCACGAGAAAGUUCACUUGAUACGGUCACAAGUCGUAAGCCGUGUUCCAAAUCUCGCGAGCCAUCGGUGGAUACCUUACGAGAUCAUGACGAGAACGACCCGCUGCCGCUGCACGAGAAAGAGAUAGACUUCGAGAAGAGCAUCGACGUGCUGUCGAAGAGCAUCAUCAGUAAGAAGCGGGUGGCGUCGUCGCGCGACGACAGCCCGGCCGGCAGCGACCGCGACAAGCCCGUGUCCAAGCGGAACCCGCGGCUGAGGAAGAAGUUCCUUGUCGCUGGCUUGUUCUCCGACUACUAUAAGGAAGAUAACAAACCAUCGGGCAAAACAAAAGCUGCACCUACCGCCGGGGCAGUAAUUCCCUCCGGGCUGCUCGCUCCGCCGCCGUACUGCGAGCGCUGGGUGCGGCGCCGCGCGCAGCCCUACGCGCUACCCUACGACAUCUGGUGGCAGCACCACUACAACCAACCAGUGCCUUCGUGGAACUACAAGAAGAUCCGCACAAACGUAUACUACGACGUGAAACCAUCAGCAGAGGAAUGCGAGAGCGUGGCGUGCAACUGCGCUCCGACCUCGCGCUGCAACGAGGACUGCAUCAACCGGCUCGUCUACGCAGAGUGUUCCCCGCAGCUGUGCCCUUGCGGGGACCUGUGCAAGAACCAGCGGAUCCAGCGGCACGAGUGGGCCGGCGCUUUAGAGCGGUUCAUGACGGAGAACAAAGGCUGGGGCGUGCGGUGCAAGCAGCCCAUCGCCUCCGGGGACUUCAUCCUCGAGUACGUGGGCGAGGUGGUGUCCGACAAGGAGUUCAAGGAGCGCAUGGCGACCCGCUACGCCCGCGACACGCACCACUACUGCCUGCACCUGGACGGCGGGCUGGUCAUCGACGGGCACCGCAUGGGCGGCGACGGCCGCUUCGUCAACCACUCCUGCCGGCCCAACUGCGAGAUGCAGAAGUGGACCGCCAACGGCACGUUCAGAAUGGCGCUGUUCGCCCUGCGAGACAUCGAACCGGGAGAGGAACUAACGUAUGACUACAACUUCUCGCUUUUCAACCCAGCGGUGGGACAGCCAUGCAAAUGUGACUCAGAAGACUGCCGCGGCGUAAUAGGCGGGAAAUCUCAACGUAUCACCAAACUCCCCGUGAAAACGCAAGCGCGAACAGCUUCCAACGCCUCCAACCAAUCACAGGGCUCCUCCAGCCAGCCGCGCGUCGGCCGCCCGAGGAAGGCCGUCAAGUGCAACAAGAAGUCCGAGCAGGCCAGCUUGACAGCUUGUGAGAUCAAGAAUAUGACCAUCCUGAAGUAUCAGCAGCAUUUGAAUAAGCUGUGGCAGGAGCCGCCGGUCAAACCGCUCACGGCGAAGGAGAGGAAUUUGGUUAAGGAGAGACACUGCUUCUUGUUUAGGAAUCUUGAAAGCGUUCGUCGCACUCGUGACCGCGUAUCCCCGCCGCUGCCACCCGCCUCGCCCCCUCCGGCCCCCGCGCCCGCCGCCUCCUCGGCCCCCGUCGCCGUCGCCGCCCCCGCCCCCGCCCCCGCUCCCGCCCCGCUGGUGAACCCGCUGGAGCUGCCCGCCACCAUGUGCCCGGAGCUGUUCGCGCGCCGCCUGCAGGCGCUGCGCGCGCCGCGCCCGCAGCUGGCCGGGCUGCGGCGCGUGCCGGACGAUCCCGCCAAGACCAAGAAGGAGCGGCUCGCGGCCGUCUUUCAAGCGCUCUACGACUAUGUUGUCGGAGUUACGGACGACAAGGACAAGCCGCUGUGCGCGGCGCUGCUCCAAGCCCCUCGCGGCCCGAGCGCGGCGCCGGCGGGCGCGCUGGCCGGCGUGGCGGCGGGCGUGGCGGCGCGGCGCUACGACAGCGCGGCGCACUUCGACGCCGACAUGAACGCCGUCUUCUCCGGCGUCACGCGCGAGCACGGCCGCAUGUCCGCGCUCGGCUCCAUCGCCGUCACCCUCAAGAAGGAGUAUAACCUCGCUAAAGGGGAAUUCGUCGAGCAGCUUAACAAGAUCCUCGGGCCUGACGAUCCGUUGCCGGCUGGAUUUGUACAGAAGGCCAAACAAGAGGAAGUGAUAAUGUGCAUAUGCGGGCUGCACGUGGAGGAGGGGCUCAUGGUGCAGUGCGGCGCGUGCGGCGUGUGGCAGCACGCGCGCUGCAUGCGCGUCAAGGACACCCGCGCCGCGCACUACUGCCAGCUCUGCCACAAGGGGAAGCACCAGGUACGUGGACAUAUGCGGCUGCACGUGGAGGAGGGGCUCAUGGUGCAGUGCGGCGCGUGCGGCGUGUGGCAGCACGCGCGCUGCAUGCGCGUCAAGGACACCCGCGCCGCGCACUACUGCCAGCUCUGCCACAAGGGGAAGCACCAGGUACGUGGACAUAUGCGGCUGCACGUGGAGGAGGGGCUCAUGGUGCAGUGCGGCGCGUGCGGCGUGUGGCAGCACGCGCGCUGCAUGCGCGUCAAGGACACCCGCGCCGCGCACUACUGCCAGCUCUGCCACAAGGGGAAGCACCAGGUACGUGGACAUAUGCGGCUGCACGUGGAGGAGGGGCUCAUGGUGCAGUGCGGCGCGUGCGGCGUGUGGCAGCACGCGCGCUGCAUGCGCGUCAAGGACACCCGCGCCGCGCACUACUGCCAGCUCUGCCACAAGGGGAAGCACCAGGUACGUGGACAUAUGCGGCUGCACGUGGAGGAGGGGCUCAUGGUGCAGUGCGGCGCGUGCGGCGUGUGGCAGCACGCGCGCUGCAUGCGCGUCAAGGACACCCGCGCCGCGCACUACUGCCAGCUCUGCCACAAGGGGAAGCACCAGGUACGUGGACAUAUGCGGCUGCACGUGGAGGAGGGGCUCAUGGUGCAGUGCGGCGCGUGCGGCGUGUGGCAGCACGCGCGCUGCAUGCGCGUCAAGGACACCCGCGCCGCGCACUACUGCCAGCUCUGCCACAAGGGGAAGCACCAGGUACGUGGACAUAUGCGGCUGCACGUGGAGGAGGGGCUCAUGGUGCAGUGCGGCGCGUGCGGCGUGUGGCAGCACGCGCGCUGCAUGCGCGUCAAGGACACCCGCGCCGCGCACUACUGCCAGCUCUGCCACAAGGGGAAGCACCAGGUACGUGGACAUAUGCGGCUGCACGUGGAGGAGGGGCUCAUGGUGCAGUGCGGCGCGUGCGGCGUGUGGCAGCACGCGCGCUGCAUGCGCGUCAAGGACACCCGCGCCGCGCACUACUGCCAGCUCUGCCACAAGGGGAAGCACCAGGUACGUGGACAUAUGCGGCUGCACGUGGAGGAGGGGCUCAUGGUGCAGUGCGGCGCGUGCGGCGUGUGGCAGCACGCGCGCUGCAUGCGCGUCAAGGACACCCGCGCCGCGCACUACUGCCAGCUCUGCCACAAGGGGAAGCACCAGGUGGACCGCGAGAUCCCCCUCGAAGAAUGGACGGAGGAAGGGCACCAGUUCUACGUGUCCCUCAUGCGCGGCGCGCUGCAAGUCCGCCAGGGCGACACCGUGUACGUGCUGCGGGACAUCCCCAUCGACGCCGCCCGGCCCGACCUCAGCCUGGCGCAGGGCAAGGACGAGGCUAAGACUAAGCGGCCGGAUCGGAAGCUCAAGCAGCUGAAGGGGAAGGAAGAUGCUGCUGCUAAUAAAGAGACGUCGGUUCGCAAGCACACGUACCAAACGAUCGGGUCCAUCCCGGUGUCGGAGCUGGACAUCUUCCGCGUGGAGCGGCUGUGGAAGCACAAGGACACGCAGGAGCGCUUCGUGUACGGACACCACUACCUGCGCCCGCACGAGACCUUCCACGAGCCCACGCGCAAGUUCUUCCACAAUGAGGUGAUGCGAGUUCCGCUCUACGAGGCGGUGCCCAUCGAGCUGGUCAUGUCACAGUGCUGGGUCAUGGACCUUAACACUUAUUGCAAGGGGCGGCCGCUGGGCGCGCACGAGCAGCACGUGUACAUCUGCGAGCUGCGCGUGGACCGCGGCGCGCGGCUCUUCACCAAGAUCUCGCGGCCCAAGUACCCCAUCUGCACCAAGCCCUACGCCUUCGACCACUUCCCUGCCCGUCUCAAGAUCACCCGCACAUAUGCUCCUCACGAAGUGUCGCCGGAGUACCUGAAAGGGCGCGCGGCCAAGAACGCGGCGCCGGCCGACAAGAGCAAGCCGGCCGGCAAGGACGCCGGCAGGAAGCCGCCCGCCGUCGCCUACCCCGACACCUCCAAGAAGUGCUCGGCGGGCUCGGGCUCGGGUUCGGGCGCGGGCGCCCGCCGGGAGCGGCAGAAGGAGCGCGUGAACGGCAUCGCGCGGCGCCUGCUGGCGCGCGGCGGCGGCGCGCGCGCGCUCGACGCCUCCUACCUGCUGCGGCGCGCCGGGCCGGCCGCCGGGCCCGCCGCCGGGCCGGCCGCCGGGCCCGCCUGCCCGCCGCCCCCCCCCCCCGCGCGCGCGCCCUGACCGCGCCGCUGCCCGUGCUGCGACCCCGCCGCCCCGGCGCCCCGCCCCGCCCCCACUACCAACAGACAGAGAAAAAAUAUACUAUAAACGUGUCCCAACCUGUCCGGAACAAAAAAUACUACAAGGCCCCGACCAAAUUCUUGAUGAAUUUUGACAUAGGCUCGGAAAGUGUACAUGUACUGUAAUAGUACGAAGACUUCUAAAUAAAUGUGCCACAUGGUAGAACUGUGAAUGAAAGAAAUCGUGAAUCGUGACCGAGGUGGACAUGUUUAUAGGUUAUAUAAUCAUACUUGGACGUGAGAGAAGUGACGAGAAGGUAAAAUUAAUCGAUAUAGGUACAUAUAAAUGUAAUAACGUCGUACUCAUAAAAUUAUUUGCGUCAUACGACGAAUAAAAUACUGUAAAACGAGGUUGAGAAAAUAUUUUCUAUACAUUACGUACUACUCUCAGUAUUCUCACCUCACAUUUCAUUUCCAAUAAAAAUACAUGACGUGCUGUCUAUCUAUAUACUUAAAAGUAGAGUAACUGAAUUAUGCCUAUAUUCUACAUCCUUAAAUAUAUAUAGAAAUAUAAAAACUGUAAAAGGCGACGCUUAAAAAGUGCACAUUAUAUAGCAGCUGUUAGAUAGUAAAUCUCUUGUUGUUAAUACUUAGGUAAAUCUUGCAUAAUGCGUACUCGAAAGUACAUAACUCUUCCGAUAUAUAACGUUUACCUAGUGUAUAUUUUCGACGUGAAUCCCAUCUUUGAUAGUGUUUAUACAUUGUUUUGGUUGAAUGUAAGUAAUCGAUAAAAGCGUAUGGUAUUGGCAGUUUGCGUGGCAGUUGGUGUCGAGGAAGUCCAUGGUGGGUAAUUCCACAAAACUGUAACGUCAGAUACCAAUUUUUUCGUGUGUUCUUACAUUAAUUAAGCAAAUUUAACCUUUUCAACGCUUUUCCACACGUGUCAAGAAAUGCCAUGGACGCCAAAAAGUUAACUGGUGAAGAGCGAAUAUGAAGCUUAACUGACAGUAGGAAAGUCGCUUUGACAACGUCCGCCAUAGCCUUUUUAAUGGUCAUUGGCGUCGCGGGCACGACAGACGAUGACCGUUUUAGUGGUCUUUGGCGUUGAAAAGGUUAAGUAUCCAGCUAUCUACCUGUAGGGUUACGCCAGACAUACAGACACUUAAAUUUGCUUAAUUAAUGUAAGAAAACACGAAAGAAUUGGUAUAGUUGUUAGCUUUGUAGCUGGCCCCCAACGGCUUAUCCUUUGUAUAUUGUUAACUAAAACCGCGCGUGCCACUUACCUGCAAAAAAAGGGCCGGGUAACUUUAAUCGGUUAUUUAAUUAGAACUCCUAUGGUAACUGAAAUAAGAUUCAAAAUGAACAAAUGGAAAAAUAAUUUGUGAUUUCUUGUGUGGUCCCUAUACGGUUACUGAGUGCCGGCGAGUCGAACGCUACCGAACCAGUCUAAAAUGUGUCCUCGAUAUGCGCAACAAAGGCGCGUUAUCGGAGAGCACACCUACACUGGUUUUUGGAGCGUUGGACUAGCCCGCGCUCAGGUGCCAAUUAGAAUUAUACGACACUUUUUUGCAGUUAGUGGCACGCGCAGUUUUAGUUAACAAUAGACAAAGGAUAAGCCGAUCCGGGCCAGAUACAAAGCUAACAACUAUAACUGACGUUACAGACUCGUGGAUUACCCUGGUUCGUAACAUUCCGCUCUAGUUUACGAUUGGAGACAAUAAGUUAGCCGGCAGGAUGGACGAAGAAUCUCUGAUAUGUUUUGUACGAGUGUAGUUUAGGUACUUCUAGCGGUGUCGUGAUGGUAUAAAGUAUUUUUGUAUAAAAUAAUUAUUAUUCGCUAGAUAACAUAAAGUAUGUUUGAGUGACAUGCAUGCCGUGUGUCUGAUAACGUAAGGUUCUCUCUCGCCUAGUUUGCUUUGGUUAUUAAUUUAUUUACACCACAAGUACGGUUUUGAUAAGAUGUUGUAUUUAACUAUUUACGUAUGUAAUCUCGAGUAUAUUUUUAGCGAGGUACUACAUGUUUCGUGCGCCUUUCGUGUACCGACAUGCCUACAGACUGCAUUACUGUUGAUUCAGAUGCGGCGAAAUCUUUGUUUAAAUCAGAUAUAAUAUAAGUAAUAGUUAUAUUUUUACAUUAGUAAAUAUUGUUAUAGCUGUAAGGGUAGUCGUGUAGGGUAAUGAAAUACUAGUUAACGACCAGUGGUGCGAACUGAUGUUGAAUGUUGCAGAGUUUAGAUAGGGGUUACGAGAGGGCGUUGUUUGGCAGGUUGUUAAUUUAGUGUUAGCGUUCAUCAGUUUAUUCUUUUUAAUCAUCUUCCGUUAACUUCAAUCGAUGAUUCAAAGGAAUGCUUUUCAUUAGUCUGGUCAUUUUUAUUGUGUUUCUAGUACUUUUAGGAGUAAAUCACGAUUUAAUCUCUCUAUUUUUCUAUUAUACUUUUGAUAAGUUGUACAUAUGUUAGCGGUUAAGGAGGUUGAUUGUUUUGUGUUAAAUGCGGAAAAAUAAUAUAUUGCUUGAUCUUGAGUUAGUGUGUAAGAUUCUCUGCUUUGUUACGGUCGCUAGCGCACGCCUUGCUGUUGUGAUCACAGAGAACAAAAUUGUUUUUGUUUCUAAUUUAUUUGUAAAAUACUGUUAGCUUUUUACACCGGCUUACCUUAUUAUUUAUCUUCUUUUCGACUAUUUACAAGCUAGUUUUAUACUGCUAUUGCGUGUUUUUAUGGAGAAACAUGUAACGUUAUCAAUAGAUUUAGAUGAUUGAUCCCAAAAUGUAAAUCAUUCAAACUGCAGUAUACACAACCCGUGUGACGUAACGGACUGGUGAUCACUCGAUUUAUCAUUUACCAGUAUUGAUUAUUCUUAAGUAAAUUACAAAAUAUAGAGUGCACUUAGACAAUGAAUAGAAUUAUUGCUGUUGACAUCUGUAAAUAUAUUGACAUUAUGAAUCAUAAAUAUCAAAAUAUUUUACGAUCACAUUUUCCAAAUGCACAUGUAUUAGAAUUUUGCCUUGUAGAUAUAAUAAUAGUUCAAGUUAUGAAUUAACCAUAUCUUCUACGAUAUUGCACUUGCAUUCUGAUUGUACUUAAUUAGUUAAAUAGUUUAUUAGAGUUAAUAGCAUUGUGAAUGGACUUGAUUUACGUUUGUCUAAACAUUUGGGAUCAAAAUAAUCUAUCCAGUUUUGGCAACCUAAAUUGAUUAGAUCUAUCUUUUCCGAUGAUUUUAUGAUAUAUCGAGCAGCUUUACUAUUUAUAUCAUUUGUUUUAAGAUGCCAUUUGUUGUAACUCAUGUUUUAAUAUUAAAUUAAAAUCUGGAUCAAA